UCACAAUCUGAACGGAUUGUUUGGCUCUGCGAGGAACUCGGCAUCGACUAUGAGCUGAAGAUCUAUCAGCGUGAGCGUGCUAGCUUAGGAGCGCCCUUGAAUCUCAAAGCAAUUCAUCCUACCGGUACAGCACCCGUGAUCCAAGAUGGCGACGUCACCAUCUCGGAGUCUGGUGCCAUCAUGGACUACCUUAUGGGCCAGUAUGGCAACGGUGCGCUCUCGGUUUCGAGCAAUGUACCGAACUUCUCAGACUACGCCUUUUGGUACCACUGGGGUAUCGGAACAUUUCAGAGCACGACAAUGACUCUCAUCUAUAUCGUUAAGGCUGGCGUCGAAGAGACUCACCCUGUUCUGCAAGUCCUCAAGCAGAAAAUAACGAAUUCACUUGAGAUGAUGGACCAGCGCCUGAUGCAGUACACAUGGCUUGCAGGCGAGGAUUUCACCGCUGCAGACGUGUAUGCUGUCUUUAUCGUCACGACUAUGCGGCUGUUUACUCCUUUUCCUCUGUUGGGUUAUAGCGGUAUUAAGAGAUGGCUUGAAAACGUCUCACACAGGCCGGCUUACAGGAGGAUGAUUGAGAAGGCUGAGCAGAGCGAGAGUAGAGGCGAGGUUCCAGUGUUGUGCGAUGAAGCGCCGCGGCCGAUGGCAAGCUACUAG